UCGUCGUUUUUGUCCUCGCGAAGCGAACUUCUGCUGAUACAGCAGCAAAACAAGCGAUAAACAAAAAACGCGUGUGCUUUGUGUGGUGCGGUUCGUUCUCUUGCUGUGAAAUUGGAGAUCCUUUUCUCCUGUGUAAUCUUACGAUUUCGUUUCUUUCGUAUUCCUGCUUUUCUUCAGCGUGUGGAAGAAAAAAACUGGUUUUGUUUAAAUCGCCUACCUACGUAUAUGUUGUGUGAAGGAAAAGUCUGCUCUGGAUUGUGAUCGUUUAUUUACGUCGGAUUUCCAUUCAGUUUGGGGUCGCCUGGGAAACGUAAUGGCGCUCCCUUGAUGUGAUCGAAGUAAAACCCGAACGAAGUUUGACGCGACGGAUUUCGAAGAAAAGUGUUGAGAGUGACAGUCUGUAGUGAUCGUUUCGUGAAUAGUAAAUUUUUGAUGAGUUGACGGAAGAAUCUGUAAAGCAGCACAAGGCUGAUGUCCUCCUGAUUGUUGAAGAAGACAAGAAUAAAACAGCACGAUGGCCAACAACAACAAGGAUAGCACACAACCGAACACCCAAACGGGCACCCAGACCGGCCUGUGGAGCCAGAUCGAGAGCCAACCGGUGGAGAACAUAGUCUGGGGCCGGCUUUACGCGAAGAACCUGAAAAUCAAAAGCCUCGGUACUAAAAAAGCACUUCCAAUAAUACCCCGAAUUGCGUCCAGCAGCUAUGAUCUAGCCGUUCCGGAGUUUGUAGCCGGAAGAAAUCCUACGAAUCACCUGUGCAUUGGCAAGGAUCAUCUGCCGGAGAAGAUUCUCAGCAGAAUCUCGAACUAUCAUUUUUCAAUCGUCAAAGACACGGAAGAUUUGACCAGUCCCACGUUCAUAGAGGACAAAUCCCGAAAUGGCACGUUUGUCAAUGGUAACCUUAUUGGAACCAACAAGCGGAUGAUUCUCAAGAAUGACGACAUCAUAGCGCUGUCCCACCCGAGCUACAAAGCCUUGGUGUUCAAGGACCUAACUCCCAGUGAAGCCAAAGGUCUCCCGACGGAAAUCAAAAAUACGUACUACGUAGGGCGAAAGCUCGGUUCCGGCGCGUGUGGUGUAGUGCACCUGAUUUACGACACCAAAACGUGCACGCCCUACGCCAUGAAGCAUGUGGUGAAGAACAUGCUGGCGGAGUGCAGCAAGCCCAAAAUCCUAAACGAUCCCCAGCGGGUGAUGAACGAGGUCAACAUCAUGAAGAGCCUGGAACAUCCGUGUGUAAUAAAAAUGCACGACAUCGUCAACAAAGCAGAUUCCGUAUUCAUGGUGCUGGAGUUCAUGAAGGGUGGGGAUCUGCUGAACCGAAUCAUCCAAAACAAGUACCUGCCGGAACACAAUGCCAAGCUGUUCUUCCUCCAGAUGUGCCACGCUGUGAAGUAUCUGCACGCCAAAGAUAUCACCCACCGAGAUUUGAAACCAGACAACAUCCUGCUAGAAAAUGACGACGAGGAAACCUUGUUGAAGGUUUCCGACUUUGGUUUGAGCAAAUUCGUGCAAAAAGACUCCGUGCUGCGAACCCUCUGUGGCACUCCCCUGUACGUUGCCCCGGAAGUACUCCUAACCGGUGGACGUGGUUCCUACACGCGAAAAGUGGACAUUUGGAGUUUGGGAGUUGUCCUGUAUACGAUGCUCAGCGGAACACUUCCUUUCUCGGAUGAAUACGGAAGCCCUGCCUCCGAGCAAAUCAAGCGAGGCAAAUUCUCCUUCCGUCACCGGUCGUGGAAGUCGGUUUCACCCCAAGCCAAAAAGCUUAUUUAUGAGAUCUUGACGAUCGACCCGAAUAGUCGACCGUCCAUUGAUGACAUCCUCAAUAGUGCAUGGUUGCGCGAUCCGGAAGUUAUCCGGAAGGCGGAGAAACUGAUGAAUGUGCGACUGUCCGGCAUCAAAAAGGCUUCCACAUCCGACAUAGAGAACAACAAUGAGAAGAUCUUUGUCGAGCCUCCCAAGAAACGGCAACGUACCAAAUGACUAGAUUCGGGUAAAAGGCCACCUGCCGAAGGAGAGGAUGCCGGCAGUGAUGACCAAAAGGAAGAACCAGUUCGUAUACAGUUCAGAAAGUGGGUGAAAUUGAAGCUAAGUGUGCGUUAGAAUCUCCGGCAUUCGUGACGUCAAAAAUCAGCAAAGAGAGGAGAAACAGUAAGUAGCAAGUGGAAGCGAGCUGAUUUGAUAAGGAUUAUUUUCUAUUGAUAACAAUUCAAGCGGAACUGAUAAUGUAGUUUUUUACGUUCCCUUGCCUACAGCGGAUUUGGAUCAAGUACGAUGCUCUCUUGGUUGUUUAUAUAUAUAUUUCAUAAACGCAUUUUGUAUAGCAUUCGAAUACAUGUUUUCGUUUCGAUCAACGGUUACUAGAGUGAAGUGUUAAACAUUGCUCCGUGGCUCGGCCUUCGUUACGAGUCACAAAGGAGCAGCCUGUGUGCAUUUACCUACGCUUACUGUUCCGUUGGAAUUGUUAUUUUAAUGCAUGGUAAGGAAAACGUUUAACAUUUAUUGAGUUUGUACAGAAGUGGACACUAUUUUAAACAUGUAGAAAUUCAAAAUAAUUGCAGAAACUGUCGAAAAAAAAACUAAACAUCUUAACAAAAAUUGAUUCAUUCCAAAUCAGAAGCGAAAACAUGUUCAACUAGAUUAUUCAAUAAUGCUUUACCCACAAUCAUAAGCCAUCAUUCGUCAAUAUCCGUGCUAUGUUUUCUUUUUGUAAACGUUACAAAUUGUCUUGGAAUAAAUACUUUUCGUUUUGUAAUAACUAUCAUCACAAAAUCAGUUGAAAAUGCCGAAAAUGUUCCAUGCAACACACAUGGAACGAUACGAAAAAAAAACAGGUUUCACUAUAUUAAGUACAAACGGACUACCUACCUAUAAUAAGGUGCAAAAUAGAACUACAUAUUUAGAAAGCCAUGCCAUACAGUUCCUAAAGUGCAAAAUGUCGUUAAUAAACUGUCGCGUGGUUGCCCUAGUGAUUUGAGUAUUAAAUGCUUAGAUAAGGAAUACAUACAUAAACUUAGCUGUAGAAUUGUUGCAGUUUUACUUACUUUUUUUUCUAAAGAAAAAUACAAUACAUUUUUUUGUUUCGUCUUAA